AUGGGCUCAGGGAAGGCCACGACAUCCACGGAACUGGGCUGGGACCUCUGGCCCCACACUGUAGUGUGGAGAGGCCAUGCCGGCGCCGUGACAACCGAAGACCUCCAGUCGCUCACGCCGGGGAGGAACUGGGAGGGGCCGGAGAGCGCCCGGGCUUGGGCGAGCGCGGAGGAGCGCUGGGCGGCAGGCGGUCGGCGGCCGGCGGCGAUAUGCAUCCUCGGGCUCGUCGGCGAUCAUUUCAUCUCGCAGGGCAUGAGAGAGGACCAGCUGGCACCGCGCCAGACGCUUUACAGCCUGAACUGCAUGGAAUGGAGCCUCCUGCCCCCAGCCACAGAGGAGAUGGAAGUGCGGACGUCUGUGGUGAAGGGCCGCUUCAUGGGAGACCCCUCCCAUGAGUAUGAACACACUGAGCUGCAGGAGACGAACGAAGGCGAAAAGCUCUUAGAAGAAGUAGUGGUCCAGAUCAAGGAAGAGACCCGCUUGGUGUCCAUCAUUGACCAGAUUGACAAGGCGGUGGCUAUCAUCCCCCGAGGUGCCCUCUUCAGGACCCCUUUUGGACCCACCCAUGUCAAUCGGGUCUUUGAAGGACUGUCUUUGUCUGAGGCCAAGAAGCUCAGUUCCUACUUCCACUUCAGGGAGCCUGUAGAGCUGAAGAAUAAGACCUUGCUCGAGAAGGCUGAUCUGGACCCCUCCCUGGACUUCAUGGAUUCCUUGGAGCAUGACAUCCCCAAAGGAUCCUGGAGCAUCCAGAUGGAAAGGGGCAACGCCUUGGUGGUGCUGCGCAGCCUGCUCUGGCCCGGCCUCACCUUCUACCACGCCCCCCGCACCAAGAACUACGGCUCCAUCUAUGUGGGCACCGGCGAGAAGAACAUGGACUUGCCCUUCAUGCUGUAGGAAGGGGCGGUCUAGAGAUUUUGAAUGCAGAGUCCGAAUGUUAUUUUCAUAAAUUUCUGUGACUCUA